AUGGACGUCCUUUCGACUAGCACUCCCAACGGGGAUCCCGGUCCUACUGCGAUAUUGGAGCCCGUGGACCCCCUCGACGUCCUUGAACAUAUCGUGAAUCUGAUUGAGACCACCCUUGGUGCCGCAAGAAGAGAGCUCGAAGCGGUCGGCAGCCUUCUGUCGAAAGCCAGUCGUCCCGAAUCCCUCAACAAAUGUGCUCGAUUCGCAGCCGAUCCUCAACUUACCCUCUAUGCGCAGAAGGACGUGCGGGAAGAGUUGGUCAAUGGUCACGAUGACACUCCCAAAAUCGAACAUCUUUAUAGCCUUUCAUCCGAAUUGUCCCCUGCACAAACGACCGUUGCCACGAUUGCCUUCCUGAAACUUUCUGGACCUCUUGAUGGACGAAGGUCGAUUGCCAGCCAGAUCCAAGUCUUCAAUCUCCCGGGCUCGUACAACAUCGGUAGUGAAGCAAACACCGGCGGAGACGUUAUCUCACCAUACGAAGUAGUCUACUCGCUUUUACACAACGUCCUCAGCCCGUACUUUGAGGCGUACACCCGACAACAUGGCUCAACCAACCGAAAUUGGUAUGAUCCGCAGGCGAAAGGCGGUAUUCCAGGCGCGAAGAGAAGGAUUGCGGAAUUGGAAAUGAGCCUGCUGCAUCUGCAACAAAAUACUGAUAUUCCGAUGAUCCACUUGCCCAUGCACGAGGUGGUAAUGGGAGCCUUGCAAAAUGCCGAAGCCCAAGGAUUGUCGCCAUCUGUGCAGUUGAUUCCGGCACACGUCCUUGAGAAUACCACCGUUCUCAACAGCAUUCAGAAUCAUGUUAUUGGGUGGAUCAAGUCAAUACAGAAUAUCACCAAACUUACCAAAGACGUCAAGGAUGCAACGCCUACUCAGACCUCUGCCGCCCAAGAGAUCAAUUUCUGGCUUUCUCUGGAGGCUUCAUUGAACAAGCUUGUGGAAGAAAUAAGCCUCGAUCAUGUCCGCUUGACGUUGGAAAUCCUGAAGAAGGCCAAGCGGCAACAGGCUGUCGUCAGUUUUGAAACCGACACUGGCUGGAGAGACGCUCUCGAAGUCGUGCGGAACUACAACACUCUCAUGCGGGACUUCCCCUUGGAUGAGUUGUCUUCCGCAACGUCGCUGCAAAAAUUGGCAGAAGCUCUGGUCCUGAUCUUCAACCACCUGAACAAGAAAUGGAGGGUCUGCAACUACCCUAUUCGCCGAGCACUCAAGCUGGUGGAAGGUAUUUCGGAGGACAUGAAUACCCAGAUUCUUCGUCUGCUUCAAGGGCGCUCGAUCAUGUCGCUGAGCUGGGACGAGUUUACUGACCUGAUGAACUCGGUCAACCUGGUGUGGGAGACUUGGGACGAUCAAAUGAAAAGCUUCACGGCUGUUGCUCGGGAGAUAACAAGACGCAAAAACACCGAUUUUGUGCCCGUGAAGAUAAUUCCUAGACAUGCCCAGACUCAGGAGCGACUGCGGUACGUCUACCGCUUUCGAAAUGACCACGAACAACUGCGGCGGACGAUCAUCAACGUUCUUGGACCCAAGGCUCGCGCAACCGACCCGACCCGACCAGCAGAUGAUGGCGGAGCCGCAAUCAUCGAGGAACUAGGAGACGUUGAUGCUGUUGAGGAAGUGGCCGGUGCUUAUGACAUUGUCCGCCAUGUGGAUGUGCUAGACGUGUCGCCAAAAGGAACAGAAAUUUGGGUCCAGGCCGAGAUGCAGUAUACCGAACGGACAUCUCGAGUGGAGGACUCAAUUAUCACAAGACUAAGAGACCGCUUGGGGAAAGCAAAGACAGCAAAUGAGAUGUUCCGAGUUUUUGAGAAAUUCAACGCUUUGCUGGUUAGACCGAAAGUUCGAGGUGCCAUUGCGGCAUAUCAGACUCAGCUCUUGGACAAUGUCAAGAACGCCAUUGCCUCUCUCCACGAAAGAUUCAAGCAGCAAUACGGUGGCUCCGAGGCGCAGAUGAUGGCUCAACUUCGCGACAUUCCUCCUGUGGCAGGUGCAAUCCUGUGGGUCCGUCAAAUCGAAGCACAAUUGAACAACUAUAUGUCCAAAGUCCAAGCUGUUCUCGGAGAAGACUGGAUGCUUCAUACCGACGGAGAGAAACUGGAAGCUGAAAGCAACCUAUUCCGAAAGAAGCUCACGACCAGAGACAUUUAUGAAGCAUGGCUUCGCGAUGUCCAGGCCAGAGAUAUCUCCGUUACCGGCAGACUAUUCUCUAUUUCGCGGAGUCGUACGGCCAAUGGUGCCAUGGAGCUCAUUGUGAACUUUGACAAUCAUGCUAUAUCACUCUUCAAAGAGGUCAGAAAUCUUAGCUGGCUGAACUACCAAAUCCCACACCGGAUAGCAACAACCGCGAAACAAGCUCAGCGCGUGUAUCCGUACGCUUUGAGUCUUAUGGAGAGCGUUGCAGGGUACUUCUCCGCUGUUCGAGCUAUUCAAGAAAUGCCGAACACAGCACCUCUGAUGGCAGGCUAUGAGAAGGAGGUGCAAAUCCUCUUUGCCACUGGUAUCAAGUUAAGAUGGGAUUCUUUUAUCCAUUCAUACGAACUGCACAUCAAGGGAAAAGCCACUACCAAUGACUCGGCGCAUGUGCAGUAUGUUCGUGACUUGGCUACAGCGGUCACAACUCUGCAAAGCAAGACUGCGACUGUUCGAAGCCUUGACCAGAGCAUCCAAGUUGCUCUUUCCGAGAUGAAGAGCUGUCCCUAUACACCCAAGAAUUUCCAGGCUCAAAUGGACAUUAUUCAGAACGCUGUGGACAAGAUGAAUCUGGAAAACUACUCAAAUCUCUCUAAUUGGGUGUCUCAAUUAAACUUGCAAUUGCGCCAAAUCUUUGAGGAACGACUACGAGCGGCGUUAAAGUACUGGAUCACGUCCUUUACCUCCACGGAUGAACAAUAUCCUGCUUCAGAGGAAGCCAUGCACCAUGUUCAGUUUCCCCUUACACAGAUCGAGAUAAUGAUGAACAAUCAAACAGUUUUCGUCGACCCGCCUCUGAACUUUGUCAAGGCCUCUUGGGUGCUUCAGCUGGAAGACUGGCUGGAAGUCUUGUGCCACUUGCCACAAGUCAGAGCCUCUCGAUACUCUGUGACUGCGGAUAUUGGUUCACCACAAGCAACACCUGAAUUCAUAGAUCUACCAUUACAGAAUGUUGAGGUCCUGCAGGCGGCCUACAGCGCCAUCGAUACCAGGAUCGAAAAUAUGGCCGUUUACCUGGAGGAAUGGUACACCUACCAGAAUUUGUGGGAUCUCCGUAGUGAUCAAUUGCACGAAACCCUUGGUGACGAUCUUGCCCAAUGGCACCAGCUACUACAAGAAGUCCGCCACGCACGUUCAACCUUUGAUACCUCUGAGGGACGCAAGAGCUUUGGCUGUGUCGUCUUUGACUAUGAGCAGGUCCAAUCAAAGAUUACACAGAAGUAUGAUCAAUGGCAAUAUGAGAUCACCAGCAAGUUCGGUGGCAUCCUCGGCAAUCGUAUGGCGGAAGUGUACACUGACAUGAAACGAUCGCGCCUCGAACUCGAAAAUCACUCCCUCGAGGCGUCAUCCACGGCGCAAGCGGUAGCAUUCAUCACCAUUGUCCAGCAAUGCAGACGAAAUGCGAUGGUAUGGGGACCUGAAGUCGAGAUCUUCAGGCAAGGCCAGACUACCCUUUCAAGACAACGAUACAAUUUUGCUAGUGACUGGCUCUCUGCGAACCAGGUGAGCGACGAAUGGGAUGCUUUUGAAGAGAUCUUGAAUCGCAAAAGCAAGGUUGUUGAAGAUCAGACGGAUGCGCUUCGGGCCAAUAUUAUUGCAGAGGAUCGCGUUAUCGGUAGCCGGAUUGCUGAUGUGGUUGCUCAAUGGACGGAGGAGAAGCCUGUUUCUGGGACAAUUCCACCUGCGGAAGCCGCCGAGCUCUUGCGUGUUUACCAAGCCCGCAUGGAGAAGUUGCAAGCAGAAGCUGAAACUGUCUCGCGCGCAAAAGAAGCCCUUGCAUUACCGUCCACUCAGGAUGAUUCCCUGGCUGCUGCGUUGGAGGAAGUGAGCGAUUUCAAGUCUGUUUGGUCCGCUCUGUCAACGAUAUGGCAGAGCAUCAACGAACUCCGCGACAUGUUAUGGACUAGUUUGCAACCACGGAAGCUUCGUCAAUCUUUGGACGGCUUGGUGAAGAUGACGAAAGAGAUGCCCAGUCGAAUGCGGCAGUAUGCUGCUUUCGAGCAUGUCCAGACCGUUCUCCGACAGUUGAUCAAGGCGAAUCCACUUCUCAACGACCUCAAGUCCGAUGCCAUUCGAGAAAGGCACUGGCUAAAAAUCUACAAGGCAUUGAAGCCCAACAAGAGAUAUUCUGAGGUGUCGAUGACUCUGGGAGAUGUCUGGGAUCUUCAGUUGAUAACCAGCGAGGCAACUAUCCGGGACAUUAUUGUCCAAGCGAGAGGAGAACUGGCGCUCGAAGAGUUUGUCAGACAAGUGCGAGAAACCUGGCAAAGCUAUCCGCUUGAUCUGGUGAACUAUCAAAACAAGUGCCGACUCAUUCGUGGCUGGGAUGAGCUUUUCUCCAAAUGCAGUGAGAACCUGAAUUCCCUCCAAGCUAUGCGCCACUCCCCGUACUACAAAGAAUUUGAGGAAGAAGCUUCAUCGUGGGAGGACAAGCUAAAUCGAGUCCAUGUUCUGUUCGACAUCUGGAUUGACGUGCAGAGACAAUGGGUCUACCUAGAAGGAGUCUUUACUGGCAACAACGACAUCAAGCACCUUCUGCCCACUGAAUCCAGCAGAUUCUCGAACAUCAACACUGAAUUUUCUGCAGUCAUGAAGAAAGUCUAUAAGUCCCCGUUUGUUAUGGAUGUCCUCGCCAUUCCUGGCGUGCAGAAAUCUCUAGAGCGCCUGGCAGAACUCCUGAGCAAAAUUCAGAAGGCCUUGGGCGAGUAUCUUGAACGAGAGCGUGUCUCGUUCCCUCGAUUUUACUUCGUUGGCGAUGAAGAUUUGCUCGAGAUUAUUGGCAACAGCAACGACAGCACCCGCGUUGCGAAGCACUUCAAAAAGAUGUUUGCCGGGAUAUCCGGCGCAGAAGUCACCGAUGACAACACAAUCGCAGCUAUUACUUCAAAAGAAGGCGAGGUCGUCAGGCUGAAGAAAGAGGUUUCUCUGAUCAAGCUCCCCAAAAUCAACGAUUGGCUUACGGCGCUCGACACCAGUGUCAAGCAGACCUUGGCUGAGUUGCUUGCGGAAGCUGCCACUGCCUUUAAACCCUUGUUUACUGCCCCUGAGCUCGAUGCCCAUGAGUUUCAAGAGUACAUGACGCGGUUUCCCGCGCAGAUAAUGAUCCUAGCGGCGCAAGUCGUAUGGACCGACCUCGUGCAAGGAGCACUUGAAGGCGGGGGCCAAGGGUUACCGAAACUUCACGAGCAUGAAGUGCGACUACUCGACGUCCUAGCCGAAAGCGUAUUGCAAGACCUCCCAGCCUUGACUCGAAAGAAAUGCGAACACUUUAUCACUGAGGCUGUCCAUCAACGAGACGUUGUUGCGAAACUCAUGAAAGCCGAAGCAAAUUCACCUGGACAUUAUUUCUGGCUUCUGCAGAUGCGCUACGUUUACGACCCCAAUGCAGACCUGAUGAAUCGCUUGCGCAUUCAUAUGGCAAAUGCAGACUUGGAUUAUGGCUACGAAUAUCUUGGUGUGCCAGACCGCCUUGUUCGGACACCCCUGACUGAUCGAUGCUUUCUAACUUUGACACAAGCCCUUUGCCAAAGACUUGGAGGUUCUCCAUAUGGUCCUGCAGGAACUGGGAAGACCGAGUCAGUUAAGGCCCUGGGACUCCAAUUGGGGCGCUUCACCUUGGUUUUUUGCUGCGACGACACCUUCGACUUCCAGGCGAUGGGCCGCAUAUUCCUUGGGCUGUGUCAGGUUGGUGCUUGGGGAUGUUUUGACGAAUUCAAUCGUCUUGAAGAGAGGAUACUCUCAGCCGUGUCACAACAAAUUCAAAACAUCCAAAUUGGCCUCAAGAACACCACCAACGAGCAAAAGGCGCAAAUCGACCUCGUGGGGCGCCGUUUCAGAGUCAACCCAAAUUCCGGCCUAUUCAUCACCAUGAAUCCUGGUUAUGCUGGACGUUCUAACCUGCCAGACAAUUUGAAGAAGCUCUUUAGGAGUGUUGCAAUGUCGAAACCAGACAAGGAGCUGAUCGCUGAAGUCAUGCUUUUCUCACAAGGUUUCAAGCAAGCAAAACAUAUUUCCCACCAAGUCGUCCCAUUCUUCGACCAUUGUGCACAGCGGCUCUCGAAGCAACCUCAUUACGAUUUCGGUCUGAGAGCACUGAAAAGCGUCCUCAUUAGCUCUGGUGGGCUCAAGAGAGUUCGAACGCAAACGCCAGAAAUUCCGGGAGACCAAAGCAUCAUUGAGCCGCAGAUCAUUGUGCAGAGCAUUCGAGAGACAGUGUCACCAAAACUGAUCAAACAAGACGUCGAAACUCUUAUUGAGGUCCAGGCAGAAGACUUCCCAGGCGUGGAAUAUGUCCCCGCAAACAUGACCAGGCUCAUGGAGGCAAUCAAGCAGGUGAUGCAAGAACAGCAUCUCACGGAAAGCGAGGCUUGGAUGACGAAGAUUCUCCAACUGUAUCAGAUUCAAAACAUCCACCACGGAGUCAUGAUGGUCGGACAGUCCGCCUCUGGUAAAUCUGCCAUAUGGAGAGUCCUACUUCAAGCCCUACAGAGGGUGGAGGGAAUUGAAGGCGUAUAUCAUGUGAUUGAUCCGAAGGUUAUGUCGAAAGAAGCACUCUAUGGAAGCCUCGACAGCACGACCCGAGAGUGGACUGAUGGCUUGUUCACCGCCAUCCUGCGAAAGGUCGUUGACAAUCUCCGUGGCGAAGACAGUAAGCGGCAUUGGAUCGUUUUUGACGGAGAUGUCGAUCCUGAAUGGGUAGAAAACUUGAACAGCGUUCUCGACGACAACAAACUACUCACCCUGCCGAACGGGGAAAGAUUGAACCUACCGCCAAAUGUUCGAAUCAUGUUCGAAGUCGAGAGUCUGAAAUAUGCCACCCUUGCCACGGUCAGUCGUUGUGGUAUGGUGUGGUUCUCAGAUGACACCGUCAGCCCGUCCCUGAUGAUAGACCACCACCUUCAGAAGCUCGCGGACCGCACAUUUGAGGACCUGGAUGAUGAGAUCAAAGCAGCCGGUCUCACUACGAAAGCUCAAGACACACAGCGCCACGUAGUCGAGACCUUGAAAACGUCGAUGCAACGGGAUGAUCUUCUCCUCAAAGCACUAUCAUCUGCAGCAACUCACAAACAUAUCAUGGAGUUCACUAUGGCCAGGGCGCUAGGCAGUCUGUUUAGUCUCCUAGCUAAAGGGUGUCGCACAAUCUUGGAGUACAACAUGAAUCAUCCUGAAUUUCCUCUAGAGCCGGAGCAAACUGAGGCCUUCAUUUCGAAGAAGCUUUUAUUGGCAAUCGUUUGGAGCUUCGUUGGUGAUGCAUCCCUGGGCAUUCGCAAGGAGUUCGGUGAUUUCCUGUCUACAAUGACGAAUGUCGACCUACCGACUCUCGACAGCUCUACUUCACUCAUUGAUUACGAUGUGACUUUGCCCCAUACCCAAUGGGUACCGUGGCAGACUCAAGUUCCCACGGUCGACUUGAACACUCAUUCGAUCACUCAAACUGAUGUUAUUAUACCUACGAUCGACACCGUCCGCCACGAGGACGUUCUGUAUUCGUGGUUGUCGGAACACAAACCCCUGAUGCUGUGCGGUCCUCCGGGUUCUGGAAAAACAAUGACUCUCUUCAGCGCCCUUCGGAAACUUCCCGAUAUGGAGGUUGUGGGCCUCAACUUUUCCAGUGCCACUCAGCCAGAGCUCGUCAUCAAGACUUUUGAGCAAUACUGUGAGUAUAAAAAGACCCUCAAUGGAAUGGUCCUCUCCCCUACGCAGCUUGGUCGAUGGUUGGUAAUUUUCUGCGACGAGAUCAAUCUUCCUGCUCCCGACAAGUACGGUACUCAACGCGCCAUCAGUUUCCUGCGGCAGCUGGUGGAACAAAAUGGCUUUUGGCGCACUGCUGACAGGGUGUGGGUAACUUUGGAGCGUAUUCAAUUCGUUGGCGCUUGUAAUCCACCGGAAGACGUAGGACGUCAUCCCAUGGGCGACCGAUUCUUGAGACACGCGCCUGUGGUCAUGGUUGACUAUCCCGGCGAGGUCUCUUUAACCCAGAUUUACGGCACCUUCAACAAUGCGGUCCUCAAGGUAGUGCCUUCCUUACGAGGAUUCGCGGAAGCCCUGACGCGCGCAAUGGUCGAGUUCUACCUGAAGUCCCAAACGAGGUUUACGCCAGAUAUUCAGCCUCAUUAUGUUUACUCGCCUAGAGAACUGACUCGCUGGGUACGUGGCAUCUACGAGGCCAUAGCCCCUCUCGAACACCUCUCAUUGGAAGGGCUGAUUCGUAUUUGGGCGCACGAAGCAUUGCGACUUUUCCAAGAUCGACUUGUCGAACAAGAAGAGCGAGCCUGGACAUCUGAUAUGGUUCGACAAACAGCGCUAGAACACUUCCCCACCGCCGACAUCGAUCAAGCAUUACAGGGACCGAUCCUGUUCUCUAACUGGCUUUCGAAGAAUUAUGUCUCCAUUGAGCAAGAACAAUUACGCGAGUUUGUCAAGGCACGUCUGAAGACAUUCUGCGAGGAAGAAGUUGAUGUUCCUCUUGUGUUGUUCAAUGAUGUCCUCGAACAUGCUCUUCGCAUUGACCGAGUCUUCCGCCAACCUCAAGGCCAUCUCAUUCUUAUCGGUACCAGCGGUAGCGGCAAGACCACGUUGUCUAGGUUCGUCGCCUGGAUGAAUGGCUUGACCAUAUUCCAGAUAAAGGUCCAUGGGCGAUACUCGGCGGAAGACUUCGACGAUGAUUUGAGAGGGGUUCUCCGAGCGUGCGGCUGCCGAGGCCAGAAGAUUUGCUUCAUCAUGGACGAAUCCAAUGUUCUAGACUCUGGUUUCCUCGAGCGGAUGAACACUUUGCUAGCAAACGGAGAAGUUCCCGGUCUUUUCGAGGGUGACGAAUACUCUGCUCUUAUGACUGCUUGCAAGGAAGGUGCUCAACGACAAGGUCUGCUCCUGGACUCGCAAGAAGAACUUUACAAGUGGUUCACCCAGCAAAUUGUCCGCAACUUGCAUGUCGUAUUCACAAUGAAUCCUCCGCAGGACGGCCUCUCGUCGAAGGCAGCUACCAGCCCGGCCUUGUUCAACAGAUGUGUCCUCAACUGGAUGGGUGAUUGGUCGGAUCAGGCUCUCUUCCAAGUCGGCUACGAACUCACACAAUCUAUCGAUCUAGACAAGCCAAAUUUCUCCGCUCCUGACAGUAUCCCUGUCGCAUAUCGUGAUCUAACACUUCCUGCCUCACACCGCGACACGAUUAUCAAUGCAAUGGUGCAUAUACACUACUCUGUCCAGAAAACCAACGAGCGUUUGGAGCGUCAACAGGGCAUUGUGACUUAUCUUACGCCUCGCCACUACCUUGAUUUCGUUACGCAAUUCCGCAAACUCUUCAGGGAGAAGCGCGAGGAUCUCGAGGAACAACAACGCCAUCUCAAUGUUGGUCUAGACAAACUUCGAGAUACUGUCGACAAAGUACGCGACUUGAGAGCAAGCCUGGCACAGAAGAAGCAUCAGCUGGAGCUAAAAGAUGCCGAGGCAAAUGAAAAGCUUCAACGGAUGGUCGCCGAUCAGCGAACCGCAGAGUCUCAGAAGACCACCUCCAUUGAGAUACAAACAGAAUUGGAGAAGCAAGAGAAAGAGAUUGCUAGCCGGAAAGAAAUCGUGCUGGAUGACCUGGCCAAGGCGGAACCGGCAGUCAUCGAAGCACAGCGAAGCGUCAGCAACAUCAAGAGACAACAUCUCACUGAGGUUAGGUCCAUGGCUAAUCCGCCACCUGGUGUUAAGCUUGCUUUGGAAUCGGUAUGCACUUUACUUGGUCACAAGGUCGAUAACUGGAGAGCCAUUCAAGCUGUUGUUCGGCGGGACGAUUUCAUUGCAAAUAUCGUCAACUACGACAAUGAGAAAGAUAUGACACCCAACCUACGGCAGAAAAUGCGCCACGAUUACCUGUCCAACGAUGAUUUCACAUUUGAGAAGGUCAAUCGUGCAAGCAAAGCAUGUGGUCCUCUGGUGCAGUGGGUGGAGGCUCAAGUGAAUUACUCUGAGAUUCUUGACAGAGUCGGACCCUUGCGCGCUGAAGUGGAGCAAUUGGAAGACAAGGCUCUCCAGACCAAAGCUGAAGCCAAAGCUAUUGAAAACAGAAUCGCCAAACUCGAGGAGAGUAUUGCAACCUACAAGACGGAAUAUGCUGCCCUCAUCAGUGAAACGCAAGCCAUCAAGGGUGAAAUGGCACGAGUUCAGACGAAGGUAGAUCGCAGUCUUCGUCUGCUCGACAGUCUAUCUUCCGAGCGUGUUAGAUGGGAGGCAGCUAGUAAGUCCUUUGAGACGCAGAUCCAGACCUUGGUUGGAGAUGUGGUCAUCGCAUCAGCAUUCCUCGCAUAUGGAGGUCUCUAUGAUCAACAAUUUAGAAAGACAAUGGUUGAUGAUUGGAUGCAUCACAUGUCACAGUCCGGCAUUUCCUGUAAAAGUGAUGGCUCAGUUCUUGGAUAUUUGUCAUCCGCCGACGAACGCCUCCAAUGGCAGCGUCACUCCCUUCCAGCCGAUGACUUAUGCAUGGAGAAUGCCAUCAUGCUCAAGCGCUUCAACCGAUACCCAUUGAUCAUCGACCCGCCUGGCAGGGUGACUGAGUUUUUGAAACAAGAACACCAAGGACGGAAGCUAACAGUCACAAGCUUCCUAGACGACGCCUUCACUAAACAGCUCGAGAGUGCCUUGCGCUUUGGCAAUCCGAUCUUGAUCCAAGACGCCGAAUACCUAGAUCCCAUCUUGACGCAUGUCUUGAACAAGGAAUACCAGAAGACUGGUGGGCGAGUGCUCAUCCAGCUUGGCAAGCAAGAGAUCGACUUUUCAGAACACUUCCAAUUAUAUCUAUCUACUCGGGAUCCUUCGGCAGCAUUUGCCCCAGACGUUUGCAGCAGGACUACCUUCAUCAACUUCACUGUUACCCGCAGCAGUUUGCAAACACAGUCCUUGAACGAAGUCCUGAAAGCCGAGCGACCGGAUGUCGACAAGCGAAGAACAAACUUGGUCAAAAUGCAAGGGGAAUUUGACACAAACCUCAGGCAAUUGGAAAAGAGGCUUUUGCAAGCUCUCAAUGAAUCCCGGGGUAAUAUUCUUGAUGAUGACAAUGUCAUCCAAACUCUGGAAACUCUCAAAAAGGAAGCUGCGGUCAUCACAAAGAAGGUUGCUGAAACCGAAGGAGUCAUGGCGGAAGUUGAGCGGAUCACACAAGGUUACAGCCACAUUGCCAACGCCUGCAGUGCCAUUUUUGCUUUGCUUGAGCAGUUGCAUCACCUCAACCACGGGUAUCGAUUCUCGCUGCCAUAUUUCAUCGAUAUAUUCAACUCGGUGCUCCAUGAUAACCCACAUCUUAUGAACAAGACAAACCAUGAAGAACGUGGCGAGAUCAUUCUAAAAGACAUAUUCGUUGAGACUUAUCGGCGAACGUCCUUGUCUCUAUUGCAAAAAGAUCGCAUUACACUGGCAAUGCUUCUGGUCCGUGCCUCUCCAUAUAACUUUGAUCGGUCCGCCAUGGAACUUAUACUGGAAGACCGACCACAUUCCCGAGGCACCGUGCCUACUGACACUCGUGUCGAGGACGUGGUGGCAGCUGUGAAGCGAAUCCCUAUUUUCAACAGCGACAGACUUGACUCCACGAGCAAGAGUUGGAUACAGUUUCUCUCCGCGGAGCGUGCAGAGCACUUCGUUCCGACGCUCUGGAACGACACUGACAAUACGAUCGAUCAAAACCUCUACAAGUUACUCCUUAUCAAGCUGGCCCGACCGGACAGGUUUUUGCCUGCAGCUCAAGCACUCGUCGCAGGCGUCUUUGGACCAGAAAUCUUUCAGGGCACUGAUGAUCUGGCAGCAAUUGUCAAUCAAGUCAACUCCUCGAUCCCCAUUGCGCUCUGCUCCAAUCCCGGUUUUGAUGCAAGCUACAAGGUCGAUGCCCUUGUGGAGAAGCAGAAUGCGAACUGCGCCAAUGUUGCUAUGGGAUCUGAUGAAAGUGUUGCCAGUGCGGAUAAAGCCAUCACCAGCGCGGCCGCGAACGGUACGUGGGUUUUGAUCAAGAAUGUUCACCUGGCUCCUCAAUGGGUGCAGAGCCUGGAGAAGCGUCUGUCGGCCCUCAAACCGCACAAUGACUUCAGAUUGUUCCUCUCCAUGGAGUCAAGUCCCAAGAUACCCGUCAACCUGCUUCAAGCCUCCAGGACUCUUGUCUACGAACAACCGGCUGGCAUGAGAGCAAAUAUGAAGGAUACCUUAACUGUAGUGUCGGACCGAGGGACCCGAACUCCUGUCGAGAAGGGCAGGCUCUACCUCCUCCUGUGUUUCCUUCACGCUGUGCUCCAAGAACGACUUCGAUAUGCCCCCACUCUAGGCUGGAAGGGGCUUUGGGAGUUCAAUGACAGCGACUACGAGUGUUGCGCGUUCAUUAUUGACGUCUGGAUUGAUGCGAUUGCACAAGGGAGAUCGAACAUCGCACCCGUCAAAUUACCUUGGGAUUUACUUCGGACCUUGAUUACCGAAAUGUACGGUGGCAAGAUUGAUGAUGAGGGUGAUUUUUCAUUGCUGAGUCAAAUCGUGAGCAAGGUAUUUGACCCUGCAGCAUAUGAAAAUGACCAUGAAUUGGUGUCAGCUCCAGAUGAAGGGCAGGCACUCAAGGUUCCUUCUGGAACAACUAUUCGUGACUUCAUGGGUUGGGUGGACCAAUUGCCUGAGAGGGAGCCACCAGCAUAUCUAGGACUACCUGCAAAUGCAGAGAAGUUGCUGUUGAUGGGACAAGGAAGAGAAACGAUUGGCAACCUUGCCAGGAUAACGGAUUUACUAGAGGAAGGAGAGCAGACAUUGUCGGAGGAGUAUGGCAGCUCCUGA